GCUGUCUGCAGCAACACAUCUCAAGUUUGUAGCGCUCUUCAAAAUGACCACCGUAAUCAGGGUCCAAAACCAGGAGACUGAGAGUAGCAGACAUAUAAUACAAGAUGAUAAACCUCCCUCGCUGGGAUGCUUUGGCUGGUUCAUUAUCUUUAUCGCUAUCAUUAUCACUAUAGGAUUGUUUCCUGUUACCAUGUUUAUGUGCAUCAAGAUUGUGAAGGAGUAUGAAAGGGCUGUGAUCUUUCGAUUAGGUCGUAUUGUGGACAAGAAACCAAAAGGACCUGGAAUUUUCUUUGUGCUGCCAUGUACUGAUACAUUCAGGAAGGUGGACUUGAGAACGGUGACAUUUGAUAUUCCUGCUCAAGAGUUCCUGACAAAGGACUCCGUCACCGUAAGUGUGGAUGGUGUGGUGUACUUUCGUGUCUUUGACCCGAUCUGUUCCGUGGCCAACGUGGCCAAUGCAGACCAUGCAACACAGCUGCUGGCACAGACUACCCUGCGAAAUGUCCUGGGCACAAAGAGCCUGUCAGAGCUGCUGUCUGACAGAGAGGGCAUCUCAAACAACAUGCAGAUUGCCUUGGAUGAGGCCACUAGCGUAUGGGGCAUUAAAGUGGAGCGAGUGGAGAUAAAGGAUGUUAAACUGCCCGUCCAGCUUCAGAGAGCCAUGGCUGCGGAAGCUGAAGCAACUCGAGAAGCCCGUGCAAAGGUGAUUGCAGCUGAGGGGGAGAUGAACGCCUCGCGGGCACUGAAGGAAGCGUCUCUGGUGAUCUCUGAGUCACCAUCAGCUCUGCAGCUGCGGUACCUCCAGACUCUAAGCGCCAUAGCAGCAGAAAGAAACUCCACCAUUAUCUUCCCCUUGCCUAUUGAUAUCAUUCAGCAUUUCACAUCCAAAAAGAAUGAAUGAUUUCCAUGUUUCUAGUCUUUUUAAAAAGCUGUAAUGUGAUGUUUUUUCCCCUCUCUCUCUGUGAAACAGAAUUCAGUGAGAAAUAAUACAGCCUUUGAAGGAAUAGUUCACCCAAAAAUGAAAACAUGCUGAAAAUUCACUCAUCCUCAGGCCAU